AUGGUCAAGGCAUUCAUCUCUCCCCGAUCUGGUGAUAUUUCGUCGUAUACCGAAAACAUGCCGUUCUAUGUGCUACCAGAGUUGACAGCAACACUUCCCGUUCGAAAGGUCAGCACCGGUCAAUGGAUUCUUCCUAGCAGCAUCGUGUUGGCAGACCCGCAGUUCAGUGAUCCAGGACCCAUCGAUAUCAUCAUUGGAGCGGAGUAUUACUUUGAUCUCCUUACCGAUGGGCGCAACAAGAUAUCGAAAACCGGCCCAACUCUGCAGAACACCGUCUUUGGCUGGGUCGUGUCUGGUCCCAUUCCAAAUCAACCAGUAAAUCCGCCUCAAGCAGUGUCAUAUUCAUGUACACUAGCGGACAUCCAAGACCAGUUAGCACGAUUUUGGGAGCUGGAAUCCUGCAAAUCCAGCAGCAUCCAUUCUGUGGAAGAGUCAUCGUGCGAAGCUGUUUUCGACGAAACAACAACACGGGACAGCAGUGGAAGAUUUGUAGUGUCCCUACCGAAGAAGGAGUUCGUGAUGCAGCAGCUUGGAGAAUCUGAACUAAUCGCUACUAAACGUUUUCUCGCCCUGGAAAGACGCUUGGAAGCAAAUCCAGAUCUGAAAGCUCAGUACCAGGAUUUUAUUCACGAGUACGAGCGGUUAGGCCAUAUGAAGCAAGUGGACAUCAACGAUUCAGAUUUCCCGAUAUACUUUCUCCCACACCACGCUGUAUUUAAGCCGGACAGCACCACCACAAAACUGCGUGUGGUGUUCGAUGCGUCUUGCAAAACUUCCAUGGGCGUUUCCCUGAACGAUGCGCUAAUGGUCGGUCCAGUCGUGCAAGACGAUCUUUUAUCAAUUCAGCUCCGUUUCCGCCUCCAUCGAAUAGCAGUUGUUGCAGACGUCGAGAAGUUGUACCGAAUGAUACUGGUGUACCUGUUGGAUCAACGACUUCAAUGCAUCUUGUGGAGAAACUCACCGAACGAGCCAAUUCGUAUCUACCAGUUGACUACAGUCACAUACGGGACAGCGUGCGCACCUUACUUAGCUACCAAGUGUUUGCAACGUCUAGCAGAGCUUGAGUCCGACAAGUAUCCCGUUGCAGCGAAGGCGAUGAAGAAUGAUUUUUACGUCGAUGACAUGUUGACUGGAGCCGAUGACAUCGAAGCCAUUAUCCGUUUGGUGAAGGAAAUGGUUGAGCUAACCUCCUCGGGUGGAUUUAACUUGAGAAAGUGGAAUUCCAACUCCAGUGCUCUUCUGGCUGAGUUACCAACUCAUCUCGUAGAUGAUCAAUCUGCCUUGGACCUUGAUAUGUCGAACGCUCCUGUCAAAACAUUAGGUCUGCUGUGGAAUACGAGCACUGAUUGCUUCCUAUUUCGGUCACCCGUCUGGAAUGCAGAUGCAGUUAUUACCAAACGAGUUGUACUUGCGGACACGGCUCGAUUAUUCGAUCCUCUUGGCCUGGUGGGACCAGUCGUCAUCAUUGCGAAGAUGUUCGUGCAAGAUUUAUGGAGACAGAAGAGUGACUGGGAUGAAUCGCUACCAGAAGCAAUGCAGAACUUCUGGAUCGAAUACAGGAGAAAUCUCUCGGCUUUAGAUUCGCUUUCGAUUCCUCGGUGGGUGGCGUUCUGCACGGACCUUGCUUCAAUUCAAAUUCACGGCUUUUGCGAUGCGUCCAAGAAAGCCUACGGAGCAUGUCUGUACCUCCGGAGUACCACAUUCAACGGAUCAGUGGAAGUUCGUCUCAUCACAGCGAAAUCCAAAGUUGCACCUCUAGAGGAUCUCAAGCGGAAGAAAAGGGAACAAACUACACCACGACUGGAAUUGUCAGGCGCGCUACUCCUCAGUCAUCUGUACGAGAAGUUCGUGAGCAGUACCGGUAUCCACCACACAGCUCACUUUUGGACCGAUUCUACGAUCGUGAUGUACUGGUUGUCAUCCUUGCCAUCGAGAUGGCAGAUGUUCGUGGCGAAUCGAGUGUCUGAAAUCCAGCACAUUACAAAGGGAAGUUCCUGGAAGCAUGUAGCCGGUGCAGACAAUCCGGCCGACAUUAUCUCUCGAGGAAUGAUUCCAGCCCAGUUACAGUAUGAAAAGCUGUGGUUCGAAGGUCCUCUGUGGCUUCGCCAAGAUGCUAGUAUAUGGCCGUCGAAUGUUCCAGAAGAAGAAGUUGAUCAAGCACUCCUGGAGGAAAGAAAGAUCGUUGCACUGCCAGCAACAUCGGAACCAGUCAGUGAAAUAUUCAGCCUUCGUUCGUCGCUCUUUAUCUUGGUCCGAUUGAUCGCAAGAAUACGCCGUUUCGUCCAUAAUACACAGCAUAGAGAUGAGAGGCGUACUGCUUUCCUGUCGUAUCCUGAGCAUGAAGAAGCACUAGCAGUCCUGGUUCGACUGGCACAACGAGAAUCGUUUCCGAUGGAAUUCGCUGCAUUGGAGAAAGGAAAGUCUAUCAGCCAGUCGUCAAAGUUGAACAAGCUCAACCCUAUCUUCAUCGAUGGAGUAUUACGUGUAGGAGGUCGAUUAGCAAAGGCACCAGUAUCAGCAAGUCGGAAGCAUCCGAUAAUCCUGUGUCACCGUCAUCCGUUGGCCAAGUUGGUCCUAGACUAUUAUCAUCGCAAGAACUUCCAUUCUGGGAUGCAGCUGCUUGUGUCCACAGUGCGGGAGCGAUUCUGGGUAACACGCAUCAGAAGCCUAGCCAACACUGUCAUUCAUGAAUGCGUCCAGUGCUUCCGUAACAGACCGAAGGUUUUGGAUCAGCUAAUGGCUGACCUUCCAUCCGAACGUGUAUCUCCAGCGCCACCAUUCCUGAACGUAGGCGUGGAUUACUGCGGACCGUUCCUGAUUAGCUAUCCAAUCCGCAGAUCCUUCCCUAGGAAACACUUUGUCGCAAUCUUCGUCUGCCUUGUAACGAAGGCAGUCCAUCUUGAACUGGUGAGCGAUUUGACCAGUGAAGCCUUUCUUGCUGCCUUCAAACGAUUUGUGGCACGCAGGGGAAGACCAGCCCUAGUCAUGUGCGACAAUGCCCUGAACUUUGUUGGAGCCAAGCGUCAGUUGGAUGAAUUACGGCAGUUAUUCAUGGAUCAAGGAUUCCACGAUUCUGUUGCACGCGGAGCAGUAGAGGAAGGAAUAGAGUUUCGAUUCAUUCCGGCAAGAUCUCCCAAUUUCGGCGGCUUAUGGGAAGCCGCG